AUGACCAGAGGAAAUCAAAGAGAGAUUGAUAGGAAGAGAUCUGAGGCUAGAGCUGCCAAGGGUCCAAAGAAGGGACAAGAGGGUUCUUUUGUCGAUAGACAGGAAAGAGACAGGAUGGCAGUCUUGGAGAAGCAGAAGGCUUUUGAAGAGAAGAAGAAGAAGGAGGAAGAAGAUGCCGCAGCAGCUGCAAGAGCAAAGAAAUAA